AGUCAUUCAGUAAUGAGAAAGCUAGUUGCUCCAGUUGCUCCCAGUUGAGAGAAUUUUGACUUUGAUUGAAUGUCACGAAGAACAAGCAAAAGUGAGAAAUCUGUUUCCAGUGAUGCUUUCUCUCACGUUAUUGCAAGUUACACUUUUAUGCCUGAAUUAGUUACAAAGCACAUGCCUGAGGAAUUUAAGGCAUUCUGGAGAUGCAGCAGAGCCACGAAUGGACAGCAAGAAUGAUGACAAAAGUUGAGGUAGUACAGCCCAGGCUAAUCUCCAGGUUCAUUGUUGUCAGCGUGCCUCCUGAAAACCAUUUCAGCUGAAAGUCAAAAGCAACAAGAAGAAUGGGGUUCAAUGCAUCAUACAAGAAACUAUCAGAUUAUCAUCUGGACCACAACAAUGUUACAGCUAAUUACACAUUCGGUCUACCCGGGAAUUCCACAUUCAAUGAAUUUACAACCAUUGUUUUGCCUGUGCUUUACCUCAUCAUCUUCCUGGCAAGCAUCUUACUGAAUGGCCUAGCAGUAUGGAUUUUUUUCCACAUCAGGAAUAAAACAAGUUUUAUUUUUUACCUCAAAAACAUUGUGAUUGCAGACCUCCUUAUGACACUGACAUUUCCCUUUAAAAUCAUUAAGGACUCACAGCUGGGACCAUGGCACUUCAACUUUUUUCUGUGCCGUUAUACCUCAGUUUUGUUUUAUGCAAACAUGUACACCACAAUUGUGUUUCUUGGACUUAUCAGUAUUGACCGGUAUUUGAAAGUGGUAAAGCCAUUUGGAGACUCCAGAAUGUACAGCAUUACUUUCACAAAGAUCUUGUCUGCUUGUGUUUGGGUUGCCAUGGCUUUCUUAGCCUUACCAAAUCUAAUUCUUACAAAUGGUUACCCAACAAAGAAAAAUAUAGAUGACUGCAUAAAACUCAAAUCUCCCUUGGGAGUAAAAUGGCACAGGGCUGUCAUUUACAUCAACACCUGUAUGUUUGUUGUAGUGCUGAUCGUGUUAAUAGGAUGUUAUAUUGCAAUAUCCAGAUACAUAUAUAAAUCAAGCAAGCAAUUUAUUAGUUCAUCCAGCAGAAAGCGAAAACACAACCAGAGCAUAAGAGUUGUUGUGGCUGUAUUUUUCACUUGCUUUCUGCCAUAUCACUUGUGUAGAAUACCAUUUACUUUUAGCCAUCUAGAUAAACUUUUAGAUGAUUCAGCGCACAAAAUUUUGUAUUACUGCAAGGAGAUGACACUGUUUCUAUCUGCAUGUAAUGUAUGUCUGGAUCCAAUAAUUUAUUUUUUCAUGUGUAGAUCAUUUUCACGAAGGCUAUUUAGGAAGUCAAAUAUGCGAACCAGAAGUGAAAGCAUUAGAUCACUUCAGAGUGUCAGAAGAUCAGAAGUGCGCAUAUAUCAUGAAUACACAGAUGUAUAAUGUCACAUUCACA